AUCCUAUCAUUAAUUGUCUCUCACCUCACUUGGCACCACAGUCAUCAGUGAUACAAAAUUAACUAUCAGAAUGCUGUAUAGUAUGGAAAUUCUGCAACCAAUAUCUUCACAGUAACGCUAUGCCAAUCCAUUUCUCAUGGAUUAGCUCUAUUAGGCAAAGGACACCCCACUUGAUAAAGCCCUGCCUCCUCUUCUUAAAACCCUCAACCCAGCCUUCCCCACGCCACAAUUUUUCCAUCCAUACUGAAGUGGUGUUCAAGAAAGCUUCAUAAAUGAGUAGAGGCACACAGCAUAGAGAUAUAUAGAUUAAGAGAAAUAGGAUGGGAGGAAGAGAGAAGAGAGAAAGAGGGACGGAGAGGGAGGAGUUUUACAAGGCUUUGUUACCGGGUUUGCCGGAUGACAUAGCUUUGGACUGCCUCGCCCGAGUCCCGCUCCGAUUCCACCCGGGUCUCCGACUCGUCUGUUGCCGCUGGCGCGAUCUGGUCACCGGCCCCUCCUUCCACCGACACAGGGAAAGAAUCGGGACCGCGGAGGACCUGAUCUUCCUCGUUCAGGCCGUCGUCCCCGUCGAGAAGUGUAGCGAUUCUGAGGAGGAGAAAGAAGGUGGCGCCGUUUGCCAGCCGCCGGUGUAUGGGCUAAGCGCCUACAAUGCGACGCUGGGGUCGUGGCACCGGGUGGCGAUGCCUGCGCCGGUGCCGCUCUUCGCCCAGGUCGCGGCGGUGGGGAGGGAGGUCGUCUUGCUGGGGGGCUGGGACCCGGCGAGCAUGGAGCCGACGACGGAGGUGCGGGUGCUGGACCCGGCGACGGGGGGAUGGCGGCGAGGGGCAGCGAUGGUUGCGGCGAGGAGCUUCUUCGCGUGCGCGGCGCUGGCGGGUCGGGUGUACGUGGCGGGGGGCCAUGAUGGGCAGAAGAACGCGCUGCGAUCGGGGGAGUCGUACGAUCCCGCGGCGGACGCGUGGGCGGGCGCCGCCGCCUGCGUGGGGGUGGCGGGGGGGAGGAUGUGGAGCGUCGGGUGCGGCGGGGGAACCGGUGGGGUGAGGGAGUACGAGGGGAGCGGGAGGGGAUGGAAGGAGGUGGCGCCGCUACCCGUGGGAAUGAGGCCGGGGCCAAGCCCGUGCGCGGCGGCGGCGGUAGCGCUUGGAGGCGCCGGCGAGAAGGUGCUCGUGAUGGCGGUGGAGAAGGACGGAGAUGGAGGGGAUGAUCGCGGGGGCCAUGGCGCGUGGGUCCUGGAGGUGGGGUCACGGCGGUGGACGCACGUGGAGACGCCGAUCGGGUUCACUGGGUUCGUUUUCUCGGCCACUGCGGUCCGGCUCUAA